AUGAGCGACUGGGAAAACGACGACGAGCCGCAACAGCCCGUUGCUCCUCCCAAGCUCUCGGCCGCUGGACGCAAGAAGUUUGACGACGAGGACGUAGAGGAAGAGGUCAAGGACGACUGGGAGGAGGAAGACUCGGAAACGGAAGCGCCCAAAGCACCCGUCGCGCUGCCUCCACGCAAGAAGAAGAGCGUUAAGCAGAAGAUUGCCGAAAAGGAGGAGGAAGAGCGUCUGCGUCGCGAGCAGGGGCUCGACUCGGACGACGCCUCGGCCUCGGCCGCCGAGGAGUGGGACGCCGACCCGAUAGCCAAGCGUCGCAUGGAGCGCGAAGCACAGCUGAGAUCAGACGUCGACAACGCCGCCAACCUGCUCGGCACCGCCAAGCUGUCCGACGAUGCCGUCUCGUCACUCCAAGCCGCCAACCCUUCCUCGAAAGAAGACUGGGAAGCGUUCUCGGAUUCGCUCUUUACCGAACUCAUCAAGAAGCACUCAUCCAAGCCCGGAUUCGAGAAGCACUUUGCUCCGCACUUGUUCAAGAACAUCGCUUCGACGCUCAGGGACGUCGACAUCCGCAAGUCGUCGACCAUGCUCAAGACGUACGCCGAGGAGAAGGCCAGGGCGGAAAAGGAGGCCAAGAAGUCCGGUGGACAGAAGGCCAAAGUUGCAGCAGCCAAGCCCAAGGCCGUGGGGACGAGUAGUGCUAAGAAUGUGAUUGACACGCGUGCGUACGGUGACGAGGCGCUCGACGACGAUCUUGACUUUAUGUAG